CCACGACGACGGUGAGCUCACCGACAUGAACAACGCCAACGGCUUCUUCUCCAUCUUCUCUGGCGACGGUGAAGACCCUGACGCACAUGCCGAAGCAUUCCAGGAUUUCUUCAGCCAUGCGAUCGCCGCUGCGCUCACACAGGCCGCUGCAUCCAAUGAACCCCCUGUCGAUGACGGCACAGACGACUUGGAGAUGCCACCGCUAGAGCCUAUUGUCACUGUCCACCGACAUCCAACCAAUGCUGGUGAUAAUACUCACGACGACGAUUUAUCAAUGCCGGCUCUCGAGCCCAUACCCACUUCAAACACCGCUGCCGAUACUGAUGAUGCCACCGCCGAUGUUCGGGAUUACACGUCAAUGCCAGACCUUGAGCCUAUCACAGAGAACAGACACGAAGGUGCUCCUACGACCUCAGCACAAUCUGAUACCCCCGACCACUCAGCUCCCCGUACCCGUCCGCGAAGUGACACCAAUCGUAGUGACACCUCCAUGCCCGAUCUCGAGUCUGUAUCGGACUCGUCGGAAGACGAUGAUGACGACGGCGACGAUGGCAGCAACUGGGAUGAUUCAGAACGCGACGCUGACGACGUCGAGAUGAUCGUAGAAGACGAUGACGGAGAUCCGACGUGGGAGGAUGCCCACAGCGCCGAUGCUCCACCACGAGAACCCGCCGCUGCUGCCGCGAACGCUGGCGAAACUCGCAGGGAAGGUGUCACGACGGAGGAAGCCCAUGAUCAUGGUUUCAAUCCUUUCACCAUGGGCAUCCCUGGCCCUCACGGACAAGGACAAGUACCGCUCCCGAAUAUCAGACAACAUUUGCAGUCAUUCUUCGGGGAUGUCAUGGACGGCGCUAAUGGACAACAGCAACAACAAACAGCAAACGUUCCACCGCCGUUCGACGUCCCGAAUGGACCGGGGCCACACGCCCACGCAGAAGCGGCCCAGCCCAUAUUCGACAUCGGCUUUGACGUCUGGAUCACGGACGAGAACGGGCACCAGAACCACGUCCACCACGGGCACCUCCCGCACGGUCACGGCCCCCCUCCUGCCCAUGGUCCCGCACCACCUCCUAAUGCCAACGGGAACCCGAACGCUCCUGGCGGAGGCGCCUUCGCGAACUUCGGCGAGAUGGUCGCUGCUAUGACGGCGGCUGCGCUAGCCAGGGGCGGAGACGGGGCGAAUGCUAACGCUGGUCCUCAUGAUCCGAAUGCUCCACCACCACCACCCGGCAUGACCAACUUUGCGGACAUGAUGGAUAUGGCGAUUCCUCUAGAUCUUGGUGGAAUAUUCGGUAUGAUGGGUAUGAUGCCAGAGAGAGAAGAGAGGGAGGAUCCGGAGCGGGCCAGGGUUUUGAUCAGUGGACUGGAGGCGGUACCGGAAGGGUUGGUGAAGAGGAUGCAGAGGUGUGACGAAUUGGAUGGUGGUGCGGAGGGUGCGGGCGUGGGAUGUGCGAUUUGCUGGGAAGGCCUUGGGUUGGAGGAGAGCGAAGGGAAGGUUGAUGGACAGGAAGGUGAGGAAGAGGGAACGAAGUGGGGCAAGAGGAAGGCCGAGGAAGAUGCGUCUACCGUCAGUGAAAGACCUGAAAGUCAGAUGAGGAUGGACGUUCCGGAGCAGGCACCCACACCGAUGGACGAGAGUGCUGGGCCGUCUCCAUUGCAUCCCGCAAUGAUGGACCACGACUCCGAGAUGCUGGAGGCUACAUCUUCAGCAACAACAACCGCCUCUGCUUCGACUUCUGACGCCAUGCAAGCUUCUUCGUCUACUGCAUCUACUUCGGCCGCACAACCUCCAGUAUCUGCUACUUCCUCUACUUCCACUUCGACGCCCGCUCCCGCCCCAACGUCCGAAAAUACCUCUUCGUCUUCCUCAUCCUCCUCCACUCGUACACCGACAACUCCCAAGAAACCUCUUCCCCGCGUCGUCACUCUUCCAUGCUCCCAUGUCUUCCAUUCCGCAUGUCUUCUUCCCUGGUUCUCUCGCCCACGCCAAACAACCUGCCCAACUUGCAGGUUCAACAUCGACCCCGAGAACUUAACCUACCAACCUCGACCCAUCAGCCCUUUACCGACCCGAGCGGCUCGAGUUCAUACCCCAGGCGGUCCGGCUCGGGUCCAUACCCCAGGCGGUCGUGCUCCCCCAACCAUCUUCAAUGGCGUCCGUGCGGCUGAUAUUGUUCGUCCGGCCGCUGCUGCCGCCGUCUCAACUCCCCAUCCGAAUGCACCUCCUCGCCCAGGUUCUGCACCUCCUGCUACUACACCUACCCCUCAAACUGACGCCACCAACACUCCCACUGCAGCGCCUGCUCAGGGUCCUGCUCCCACGCCGACUGGAGCUGGAGCUCCGCCUAUCGGGCCCCGUAAUACGAACUUCCUCGGUGCGCGGCCGGGCGGGAUAUUCAAUUAUAUGGCGCCGCCGUUCAAUGGGUCGUUCACGUUCACAACUGCGAUCCCUGUGAGGGCCUCGAGGGGAACUCAGACGCCUCAGCAGCCUCCUGCUACGAACGGUCCCGGUCCCGCUCCUACUACGAACGGUUCCACUCCCGCUCCUGCUCAAGAACCCGCUCAGGCGACGCAGGCUAAUCCACCCCAACAAGCGCAGACGAACCCUGCUCCCGAAACACAUACAAACCCACCACCACCACAGCCGCCCCAUGUCCAUGCGUUUGCAGGUGGCCCUCCUGGCACCGGUAAUGCUCCGAUGUUUGCGAAUUUCAUCAGGCAUUGGGCACAACAGCAGCAGGGGGGAGUUCCUUGGGGUCAGACCUUGCCGAGAGCUCAGCCCCAGAAUGAGAAUCAGGUACCACCAACGUAUGUGCCGCAGCCGGCACCUACUGCGAACGCACCGCCGCCACCGCCACCACCACCAGCUAACACAGAACCCACGGAGAAUGCGCCUGCACCCACUGCUACGAACGUACCACCACAACCCGCAGCGGAUGCUCCGCCGCCAACCCCGCGACCGAGGGCAGGCAAUCUACCACCGUUGCCACCGCUCGGCGCAGGAUUCCCCCGGAUAGCGAUGGAUGGCGGGAUGUGGAUGGGUAAUGCGUUUGUCGUUCCUGUUCCUGCCACGAUGUUGCCGCCGGAUAUCUUCCCUGGUUUCCCUGGGAUGGUACACGGGCAGGCGGGACAGCCGAACGCUGCUCGACCUCAACCGCAGGGUCAACCGGGGGCUACUCAACAGAACGCUCCUGCUCCUCAACCUCAGGCCCAGGAGAAUGAUGCUCAGCCGAAUGCUCAGCCCGCGCCUCAGCAGCCACCACCCCGCGGACCGCCUCGACAAGGUGCUCCACGGUUCUGGACUCGUGCGGACUACGGAUUUGGACCUGGCGCGCCCGGCCAAAGACACAGACCUCCAAGGGAGAAAAAGCCGUGGACGCUUCCUGCUCCUCCUGGAGCGACGUUGAGGCAAAGGGUCGAGCAGAGGGAGAGGGAUGUCGGAUUGAGGUGUGACGAUGUUUCUUGUGGUCUGGCGCCGGAGGAUGACGAUCCUCUCCCUGAGAAUGUGGACACGAAGAUGGUGAGGCUGAGGCGUGUGGGUGCUACGGAAGAGGGAGAGACAGCUUGUGCUCAUAGGUUCCAUGCGGGGUGUUUGGUGAGUGCGGAGAGGGUGGCGGGGUGGGGCGAUGGGACGAGAGGUGGAGAUAUGGACGAUGGAAGGGUGCAGGUUGCGUGUCCGGCUUGUAGAGUUGUGGGUGAGGUGAGAAGGGAGGAGUGGGAUGAGGGUGUGAGGUCGUUGGCUUGAAAGACUUUGAUGCUUUUCGUUUAUUGUGGUUUGUUCAGUCGGACCCUUUGAUUUUCUCUUCUCUCUGUUUCUCGUCCAGUCGUUGCUAUCGAUAACCGUUCUUCACAUCACUAUGCAAUUUCUUUUCUUCUCUUCCUCGGUACGGGGCUUUUAAUCAUAUUUAACCUCUGUCAUCUUCCUGUUUCUUUCCUCUUACAGAUACUUUACGUUCCCACAGCUCUUUCUCACCUAUCUCUGCAUCUCUCGCUAUCCCCGUGUCUGUACGGUACUGUUCCUUUUUGAAGUCUUCUGUCGUAGUCACUGAAGUUAGGUAUAUCUUGUAAAAGUGAUCGUACUCUUCUAGCCCCAAUAUGAUAUUU